UUCGACAGUUUGUUUUUGAAAUCUCACUCAAUGUUUUGACAAAUUAUUUAUCAAAAUAUAUAGUAAAAAACUUGAUGUAUUGAUGUCUGAACGGGAUUUGUAUCAUUAAAAUAUAUGUGUAACCGUAAAACUAACAACAUUGCAAAUAAUUUUGAGUGACAGCUGCAUGGAAAAAUUGAGCUAGUAUUAUUAUCCAUAUUGUUCCCAAAUUCAGUACAAUUUCCGCAAUGGAUAAGGUUCAGUCAAAGCCCUACUACGCAAUAGUAUCUGGAUUAUGUGCUUCUACGGCUAGCUUUUUUGGAAAAUUAAGUUCACUGGGCGAAUAUUUGGCCGAAAAUUUCGGUAACCAACAGUUCCAGCUGCUGAUUCAAAUCUUAUGCAUUGGUAUCAUGGUCAUGCUGAACGCUUGCGUCUGGCGAUUUUUUGUCAAGGCACUUCAUACAAAUGGGGGAACCCUGGUGGCCUCAUUGGUGAGUGCAGCUACUAACUACAUCGUAUCGGCGUUAUUUGGAUGGCUAAUUUUUCAAGAGCAAACAAGUAUAUGGUGGUGGUUUGGCACUGCGCUUGUUCUAGGAGGUCUACUGCUCAUAGUGAACGAUGAUGACGAGAAAAUGAUAAAGAAAAAACAAACAUAGAGAAAAAUAUUCGUUGUAUUAAAUGUAAAAAAAAUCCAAUAAAUAUGCUUAGC